AUGUCGGAUGAAGAGAAGUGCUUGAUAAGGGUGUUGAAGCAUACAAACCUGGAAACAAGAAGGAUUGUAGCUGUCUUGGCUUACUUGAGAGGAGGAAUGGCUCAUCUGCCCUACACAAAGAAACAUGUCACAAACUAUGCAGCAACAAUUAACACAGACAUCACAAACUCUGACAUGAUGGAAGUAGUGCAAAUGUUCAACAAGAAACAAACAGAAAAUCCUGGCUUUUGCUACUCGUUUGAGCUAGAUGGAGAGAAUAAAGUGAGGAGCUUAUUCUGGACAGAUGUGAGGUCAAGAAUGAUGUAUGACAUAUGUGGAGAUUGCAUCAGUUUUGACACUACAUUCCUAACAAACAAGUACAACUUGCCAUUUGCACCCUUUGUUGGCAUAUCCCCACAUGGCAACACAUACUUGUUUGCUUGUGCAUUCAUCGUCAAUGAGACAAAAGAAACAUUUGCUUGGUUGUUCGAACAAUUCCUGAUGGCUAUGGGAGGAAAGCAUCCUAUAUCAAUCAUUACAGACCAGGACAAGGCAAUGCAAGCAGCAAUUGAAAAAGUCUUUCCUAAUGCUACCCAUAGGAGCUGCCUCUUCCACAUAAAGAAGAAGGCAGAGGAAAAAGCCGGGCCCUGCUUCCAAGCUAAUGAGGGACUCUAUGAAGAUUUCCAGGACAUUGUGGACAACUCCUUGACAGUUGAAGAAUUUGAAACACAAUGGCAAGAAAUGAUAGAAAAAUACCAAGUUCAUCACAUCAAGUACUUCAACGACAUGUGGGAAAACAGGAAAAAGUUCAUCCCAGUGUACUUCAAGGACAAAUUCUUCCCAUUCAUACAAACUACAGCAAGAAGCGAAGGGACGAAUUCCCUUUUCAAAAAAGGGGUUGGAGCUAAAUUUAGUGCUACUAGCUUUUUGAGAGAGUAUGACCGGAUACUUGAUGUUGUGCAUGACAGGGAAGAAGAGUGCGACCAUGUUAGUAGAAACAAGAAAGUUGCACAGAAAGCAUUUUGGUCAAAAUACAGCAUAGAAAGGCAAGCACAUGAGCUAUACAACAUUGGAAUAUUCAGGAAAUUCCAGUUUAAAAUGGCAGACACAACAAGGCUGCAUGUCUUUGAGCAAGAAAAGGACAUAUACUACAUUGUGACACAAGCUGAAAACUACCCCCAAGAGGAAAUCCGGAAAAGGUUGUACCUAGUGCAAGUUGGAAUAAAAGAAGAAGAAUACUCUUGCAUCUGUUGCGCAUUCCAAAAAGAUGGCCUGCUGUGCUCGCACAUACUUCGAGUGAUGAUCCAUCUCAACAUCGAGAAGAUACCAGAAAAGUACAUCAUUGACAGAUGGAGGAAAAAUGACUACAAGCUUGAUAUUACAAAGACACCAGCUGUUGCAGCUGAGAACUCCACACUAAGGUACAAUGUGUUAGCAAGGAAAUUGGUGCAUGUGGCAUCAAUAGCUUCGAAGAAGAAGAGGAAAUAUGAGUAUCUGUUGGGAGAAUUAGACAGGAUACAGAAAAGGUUACGGGAAAUGGAUGAUGAAGAAGAAACAAUGGAUGAGGGGCAAAGUGCAGCAACAAGAACAGUUACAUUUGUGCCAACAGCGGGAGAGGGAGAAGGAACAACAUCAACAUUCACAAUUCAAGACCCAGAUGUAGCAAAGACAAAAGGCAGACCAAGGAUGCUAACUAUUCGUGAAGCAAUAAAGCAGAACAAGUUCUACAAAUGUUCACACUAUGGAUCGCAAAAACACACAGUAAAGAAUUGCACGAACCUUGACAAGGUGUACAACAAGCCUAAAGGGAAACAACCUAAGCAGUCAAACCCAAGGAAGGUCAAGAAAAGUAAGUACAAAAAAUUGAAAUGA